AUGUUCGGAGGCCGACCUGUCGCAGUUGGCGUCAUGGCGCUCGUCAAUGCCAUGGCUGCGACGGCUCAGAACCUAUCGUUUGGAGCCGACAACUUCUACCGCAGCCCAGACGUCCAAAUCCAGCCCAUCACGUUCCCGACCCAGUAUCACACCAGCGUCUCGGCCAACCUCUUCUACCCACGCAACCUAAGCCGCAACGACGAGACCCCCGCCAUCGUCGUCGGACACCCCAUGGGUGCCGUCAAGGAGCAGAGCGCCAACCUCUACGCCACCAAGCUCGCUGAGCAGGGUUUCAUCACCGUCUCCAUUGACCUCCCCCAUUGGGGCGGCAGCGACGGCGAACCUCGCAACGGCGUCUCGCCCGAAUACUACGCAGAGGCAUUCAGCGCCGCCGUCGACUACCUCGGCCUCCAGGACUUUGUCGACCGUGAGCGCAUCGGUGGUGUUGGUAUCUGCGGCAGCGGUUCUUUCAUCAUCAGCGCCGCAAAGAUCGACUCCCGUCUCAAAGCAAUCGCCACUGUUAGCAUGUACGAUAUGGGCGCAGCCUCUCGAAACGGCAUCAGAAAGUCACAGACCCUAGCCCAGCGCAAGCAGAUGAUCGUCGUCGCCGCAGCCCAGCGCUGGAACGAGUCCGAGGGCGCAGAGACCGAGUUGACUGGCGGCACUGCAGAUAGGCGCGAGGACGCUACUGAUGCUAUUCAGCAAGAGUUCUACGACUUCUACCGCACCACUCGCGGUGAAGUUACACCGCCCGGUGCUCUGCCCAAUACCACGACUCACCCAACACUCUCGAGCCAAGUCAAGUUCUUCAACUUCUACCCUUUCAACGACAUCGAAACCAUCUCGCCCCGCCCCCUGCUCUUUAUCAGCGGUGACCAGGCUCACUCGCGCGAGUUUAGCGAAAAUGCCUACGGGCGUGCUGCCGAGCCCAAGGAGCUGAUCUGGGUCCCCGGUGCUGGCCAUGUCGAUCUGUACGAUCGGGUGGAACUUAUUCCCUUCGAUAGACUUACCCGCUUCUUUGAGGACAACUUGUGA